UCCACCGUGCGUAUAAGGUUCUGUUCCCCAAUGUGUCUCCUUAACCUGCAUUCACUUCUGCAUCUAACUUCUCGCACCCGUUUUACUUUUUCUUUUCUCGCUGCCGUACAGCGAGACCGGGUCACUGCUUGCAUCACCUGGGCUAGACACCGAACGCGACUGCCUACAUCGGCCGGCUCCAGCAGCAUCGGUCGCCACUGCCAACUUCCUUUGAACUGAUGCAAAUUUCUACAAUUGCCUUUUCCUGUCCGCUCCCUGCGCGAGGCCCGACGCCGCCCAGAGACUCCAGCGUCGCUCCUGUCCGUGGUGCUGAAACUCGCACGCGCGCCACGCGAGCUAACUUUGCGGCUUUGCACUAGCGCGUGAUCGUGGUGUGAUCAGAAUGAUCCACUUGAAAUAACCUGAUAAAUAAUUCAAAGUUAUCAUUGACGAGCCCCACUUUUAGAGAAAUACUAGGCUUCAGAAAAUCAAUUAAAAUUGCCAACCGAAACCAUAUUUAGGCUUUAUUGGCAGGGGAGCUACAGGAGAAAAAGAAAUUGGAGGCUAAGCCGGAGUCUGCUUUAUACAGAAAUUCUACAUCCCAGAUAUAUUCUCUAACUUCAGAAGUCUGGAAGGAAGAAGACAUUUUACCAGACACUGGAUGAAUAUUUUCUAAUCUGCUUUGGAUUUUCUUGCUGGAUAGGGUGUGAUUAAGUCACAUCUUUUUGCAAACGUCAUCCAAACAGAACUUGCCCGAAUGCAGAUGAGAGUUUGAGCUCUGACUUCGGAGAAACACUGGCUGGCCAUGGAGGCGUCUACAAACGGCUCCAGUUUUGGAAUCGACUCUCUACUGUCCCAUAGGCCCGGAAGUCCAGUUAUUGCAAAGGGGGACAGUUUGGUGGGAGAAUGCAGGUCUCCACUGGAGUUCAGCCCGAGGUCUGAUCUCGAGAGCGGCUGCUCCUCUCCACCGUCGCCGAGGCGGGAGUGUGGCGAGGACGCAGCGCAGAGGCAAGGUCACGCGCUCGGUUUACCGUCCCAUCUACAGCACGGACCGAUAUCUGCCGGUUCCCAACCGCGGACUGUCACUUCGUCCUUCCUCAUUAGAGAUAUUCUAGCUGACUGUAAGCCGCUAGCGGCUUGCGCGCCGUACUCAAGUAAUGGGCAACCGACACAAGAAGCGGGGAGACUGGCGUCCAAAAUCGCAGACGACUUCAUCGAGAAGAUCCACAGCAACUCAUCAUCUGAUAGCGAAUAUAAAGUGAAAGAGGAGGGCGACAGAGAGAUAUCUAGCAGCCGAGACAGUCCCCAGGUACGCCUGAAGAAACCGCGCAAGGCGCGGACCGCGUUCACCGACCACCAGCUCGCGCAGCUGGAGCGCAGCUUCGAACGCCAGAAGUACCUGAGCGUGCAGGACCGAAUGGAGCUAGCGGCCUCGCUCAACCUCACCGACACGCAGGUCAAAACCUGGUACCAAAACAGAAGGACGAAGUGGAAAAGACAAACCGCGGUCGGACUUGAACUGUUGGCAGAGGCUGGGAAUUACUCUGCCCUUCAAAGAAUGUUCCCCUCGCCGUAUUUCUAUCCUCAAAGCCUUGUGUCGAAUCUGGACCCCGGAGCGGCGUUAUACUUGUACAGAGGACCCUCGGCGCCCCCGCCGGCGUUGCAGCGACCUCUCGUUCCACGAAUUCUUCUGCACGGUCUGCAAGGCGGCAACGAACCGCCGCCGCCUCUACCUUCCCUGUCCGGAGUGCUCGCCAGACCUACCCCGCCGCGAUGAGACGCAUGUAUUGGACUUACCUAAAAACCUGGCAGCUUUGAACUCUACGAACAAUGUGAAAGAAAAAAAAAAAAAAAAAAAAGGUUUUAGUCUACUGGUGAGAAAAUUAUCGAGAUAUAGCCUAUUAUAAAGCCACUAUACUUCCUACAAGAUCUCAAUGACAGAAUCAAACACUGGUUGGUGAAAUGAUUGCUUCUGGUAGUCACUGUUUAUUUAUUUAUUUAUUUAUUUCCCCCUUUGUAUUUAACUUAUAUAUUUAUAAAGGCCUAUCGUUUACCAUUUAUGUUCAGGAAGAAAGAAAAUGUUUAUUAAGGUCGCAAAAAUAACAAAGGAAAAACACCAGGGGCGAUUCCGUCUAUUAUCAUUAUUAUUAUUAUUAUUAUUAUUAUUAUUAUUAUUAUUAUUAUUAUUAUUAUUAUUAUUAUUAUUAUUAAGGAUACGAGGUGGAAGUGAUGCGUCUUGAUAAUGAAUGAUUCAAGCCCCUGUGUACAAAAUAUUCAAAUAGCAGGUUCACCCUUUGGUAGUUCCGAGAUCAAAACGAAUUAACACUAAGCAACUGGAUUUCAUUUAAUGUUUUCAAAUGUACAAAAGAAAAACCAAGAGACAUGUAAAUAGGAAUAUCUGGUUUCAAGACAAAUCUCGAUUUUCGUGUAGGCUUUUUUCCGUUAAGUCUUUCUUCACAGGUGAGGAUAAAGGACACGGUCAACACGUGCAAAAUCAAAUGCCCUCCAUCAAUAAUUCACGUGGAAUACAAAGAAUUGAAUAAUUUUUUAACCCAGAAAAAGGAAAGAAACGUUCUUUUGUCAUCCCAACGGCUAAUGUCAGACAACAGAAUGCACUGAAGUGGAAAAUAUAUUUAUGCGCAGUUUACCGGUGACGCAAUGAAAUCAGGUACGAGACAAUAUAAAGAAUAUUUGUGCUGCAAAACCUUUGUUCAAACGCCAUAACAGAUACUGUUUAACAACUGCCGGUAUGAUGUGUGCGUAAGGAGUGCGUAAUUCUUAAUAAAGGGCGCAGGCACUUGGGGUAACAGGCUUUGUGACACGAAAAACAAAAUACCACUUCAGUGUCAAAAUGCCAAGCACUCGCUUACCAGCUGUGAUUAGUGUCAUGUAAAUGAUAGGCUCUGCGUGUUUUGCCAAUCUUGGUAUACUGCCUAUUACCCCACCCGAUGUGUUAGAGCAGACGUUGUGCAUUAUUCUGUAUAAAGCCGUUGAAAUACCUUGUUUUUCUUUUAGUGAAGGUGUAUACGCAGAAUAUUGAUUUGUGAAGUGAUUCUCGUAUUUCAAGAUGAUUUUUUUCUUUAGACCCCCCUGUGUAUAGCAGUAUGAACUUUUUGAAUAUUCUCCCAAGCUACUGAUCA